AUGGUGGCCUUCCCCCGGCUCACCUCAGCCCUCCUCCUCCUCCUCUGCGUCCUUCUCCACGGUACUCUCUCUCUCUCUCUCUCUCUCUCUCUCUCUUUCUCUAUCUAUCCCUUGAAUGGUGUCUGAGUGUUGAUCUGGUGGGGCGGUUGGUUGUGUUGCAGGGGGUGCGGCGGCCGGGAAAUGCAGGCUGGAGAGCAUAGGGGUGAAGCAGGAGAAGACGGGGGCGGUGGUGGAGGGGAAGCCAGAGUACGAGGUGACGGUGAGGAACGGGUGUCUGUGCCCGCAGUCCAGAGUGGUGGUACGGUGCUACGGGCUGAGCAGCUUGAGGGCGGUGGACCCGCGGGCCAUCAGGCCGGUCGGAGAGACGGACUGCCUUGUGAACGGAGGGCGGCCUAUCGUUGGCGGCGCCGCCGUCAAGUUCAGAUACGCGUGGACGACUCCCCAGGACUUUCCCCUCGUCAGUUCCAAGAUCAGCUGCUAG